AGCAGCUGAAUACUGAGCCCGCUGAGGCUGAACUAAAAAAAAGGGAUCUGCAGACCAACGCAACUUUCCUGUUAAUCAUCCACUCCGCGACGGUCUUUAAGGGUAGAUUAGAACCGUGGCGAUCUCUCUGUGAUGCACUAGUCGUCCGGGAGCUGUCUUCGAGCGGACACAAUGGAAGACGGCGUGUCCGAGUCGCUGAAAGAGCGUGUUUACUACGCAGCACGCGACGGCCUCGCCAUAACCCUGUUUGCCCUUCUCGCCGACACAAGCAACCCCGAAAAGCUUCUAGCCGAGUACAUGGAAGAAGAUGGUCAGAGCUGCACUCCAUUAAUCAUUGCCUCACGCCAUGGCCACGACAAGGUGGUCAAAAUCAUCCUCGGCAACUUCAAAACUGUGGACAUUGAGCAGGAGGGAGUCGUCAAAUUUGACGGCUACAUGAUCGAAGGGGCCAGCGCUCUGUGGUGUGCGGCAGGUGCUGGUCACCUGACUGUUGUCAAAACGCUGGUAAAUUUUGGCGCCAAUGUGAACCACUUGACAAAAACCAACUCCACCCCUUUGCGAGCCGCAUGCUUUGAUGGCCGGCUGGACAUUGUCAAGUACCUCACUGAGCACAACGCGGAUAUCAACAUCGCCAACAAGUAUAACAACACAUGUCUGAUGAUUGCAGCAUACAAGGGCCACAUCGACAUCGUCUCGUUCCUUCUCGAGCGCGGCGCCAACCCCAACGAGAAGGCGCACUGCGGCGCCACGGCACUGCACUUUUCUGCCGAGUGUGGCCACACUUCCAUUGUCAAGGAGCUGCUUGACUACGGGUGUAAAAUUACCAGGAACGAGAGCGGUAUGACGCCACUCACAGUUGCUUCUGAAAGAACAAGGGCUGAGGUUGUGGAGUAUCUCAUAUGUAGACCAGAGGUGAUCCGAGAGGAGAAAAUUGACGCCAUUGAAUUGCUAGGUGCCUCCUUUGCCAAUGAUAAGGACAAUUACGACUUGGAAAAAACAUAUCACUACCUCCGGAGGUCAAUGGUGAUGCGCCAUGAAGACCCUCCACUUCCGAAACCUCACUGCGAGCCAAUCCCUGCCUACGACUCGUGGGUCGAGUGCGCCACCUUGGAGGAGUUGGACGCCAUCCAGCACUUGUCCAAUUCACUGCACAUGGAAAGUCUGACCAUCAGGGAGCGCAUUCUUGGCCCAAACAACCCUGAAGUUCCUCACCCAGUCAUAUACAGAGGGGCAGUGUUUGCUGACAAUGCGCGCUUUGAUCGUUGCAUCGACCUCUGGCUGCACGCCCUCAAACUCCGGCAGAACAACAAGGUUUCUGUAGUUAAAGACCUGCUUAGAUUUGCUCAGGUGUUUUCUCAAAUGAUUCAUGUUGGAGUGGAUCUGAGUUUUGACUACUUGGAAACUGUCUUGGCUGCCACAGUUGUGGAAGUGGAAAGAAAUAAGGAUAAAAUUGCCAAUCCUGGUCCCAAAGAUGAUGUCGAACUUAUCAAGGAAGAGCAAGAAAGUAAUUUAAUGACGGCUCUUUAUCUCCUUGUGUUGGUUACACAACUGGGAAAAAGUAUUGAUCCUGAGCGUCUGCACCAAACCAAGAAACUUGUUUUCCAACUAAACAAGCUCAAAGUCACACUUCGAGAUGGUCAAACUUUGCUUCACUUGUCCGUUAGUGCUGAAACUCCAGUCGACGAUUUCCAUACCAACGACGUUUGCAAAUUUCCCAAUGCUGACACAGCAGCUAUGCUCAUCGAGUGCGGUGCAGAUGUUAAUCAAAUGGAUAAUGCAAGAAACACUCCUUUGCAUCUUAUAGUUAGCUACCAAAAGCCAAUAAGUGAUUUUUUGACGUUGCAUUCAAUCAUUGUUGGUUUGACUGAAGCAGGAGCUCACCAAGAUACAGUCAACGAAAAAGGGGAAACUCCCUUUGAUGCUGCAACAACAGGUGUUGCUGAAAUUAUCUUGCGAGCCCAGAGCAAAAUGAGUUUGAAGUGCAUAGCGGCCAAAGCAGUUAAGGCUUAUAACAUAGAUUAUAUGGGCAGAGUGCCUAAGUGUCUAGAAGGUUUCAUUGAGCUGCAUGGGCCAGUGUUGCGAAGUGAGGCCAGACCCAGCCGGCAAGGGGCAAGCACUCAAAGGUUUGCCAACCAACAGAGAGAACAAGAAAACAAUGCUGCUGGGAUGCAGGCCAUCUGAUGACCAGUGUUGAAGUGCUGAAGGAAAUUUUAGCUUUACUCAAUUUGUAAUUAAAAAAUGCAUUGUGUACCUGCCCUCGUUACUCCCAAGGCAGAGUUGUUGUCUUAAGUUAAGUUUAAAAAUAUCAAAAUUUUAUUUUAGGAGUGAUUUCUUGGAAGCUGAUUUUUUUUGUAAAUCACAUGGACAAUAACCGCCAUCCUGCAAUCUCUGAUUAGGUUGUGUUGCUCUCAAACUUAAUGCGCUUGGUCUGUCUUGUCUCUUCUGUGUUCUUUUGCAUAAGGGAUCUCUAAUUAUUGUAAUUUUUCUUGAAAGACUUUGCUGAUGGGUCAACACUUAAGAUGCAAUUUUCUGUUGUUUAAAAACAAAAAUUUAAGGCCCAAAGGCACAACUAAUUGGUGUAAUUCAAUCGUUUUCACAGGUGAAAAUCAUUGGGUGCUUCUUUGAAUCGAUAUUAUUUGGAUGUUCUAUGUUGUAAAACUAGAAAUAAUAUUAUUUAAAUAUUGUAACAUGAACUGGUCAACUCGUCAUACAGAAAAAUAUACAUUUGAACAUUUUUUUUUAUAUAAAUUGAAUAAAUUAUCUUCAUAUUUAAAUACAAAUCCUCUCAG